AUGGAGGAAAGACAAUCACGCAAUGCAGGCCGAACUAAGCGUCCUUUGUCUGAUACCUUCAAGGAAGAAGACAGAAUAAUAGCGGGCCUCGUUACUCCAGAGAAUGGACAAAAUGACGAUAUAAAAAAAAAUCGCAAAAAAUACCUCUUUAUCGGAUGUGGAUUGUUUUUAAUAAUAAUAAUCAUUUGUUGCAUGAUUUUUUAUUUUUUCGUUGAGAUGGAUGUUGUUACAGAAUAUGAUACUUCUAAGAUUCCUUUCCACUAUCAAUUGAGUCUAAGAUAUUUAUAUGCAAUUAAUAAUCGAUAUGAUUAUAUUAUUUCAAGUCUUCCUGAUCACGAAUUUACUCCAAAUAUCAAUCUUACUACUCGCGAUGUUUAUCAAAAUUCAGAAAAUAAUCCUACGACAAAAUCAAAAUCAACUAAGCAAACGGAACUCGGACUUUUAAUUUCACGACCAUUGAGAAUCCUAACGCCCGGUUGUUAUGAAGUACAGGAAAAUAGAUACUUACCAAAUAAUACAAUGUACCGAGUGAUAACUGCCACUGCACGUUACACGAAUUGGUUUUAUACUGUUUGGGACCCACCAAUCACUAUUCAAUUCGUUAUUAAUCCAAAUGAAACAGUAUAUAAUGAAACAAGCUAUCAAAACUUGAUAACCUGCAAAUAUCAAUUCACAUGGACAUCUGACUUAAACGGUUACGUCAAUCGGCAAUGUAUGAAUGAGACAGAAUUUCUGGAGGUAUCUUAUGUUAAUGGAUCAAGCCCAUUUGGAUUCACAUUUUAUAGUUUGGAUGAACUGAGCGUUUAUGCAUAUACUACUGCACCGAAUUUGGUUGAUCAAGAUUUCUUCUUUAAAAGGUAUUUAUAA